AUGGGCGACCCCUUGAGCGUCGAAGCGGCGAAUUUCAAAGACAAAGACUCGGAGGAAGAGCUAGUAAGGGGUAGUAAGGCUCUCUCCCCCGAGCUUAACCCUUCAACACACCUCGCACACUUCGUAUUCGUAGACCAAGUCAUGCGUAGCUUGUCCGUGCCGCAGGAGCUUGCCCCGCCCGAGCGCAGGCCCCCGUUGUUCAUCAAGAGGAGCAAUGACAUCCUUUUCGAGGCCAGUACCCAACACUUCUUUUACCUUCGUACCAUUGUCGACAGAUCAGCCCCUCAGGUCCCCAAAGUCCUCGACGUUUUCCCCUCUGCAAAGGGCAACUUCAUGGUUAUGGAGAAAAUCGACGCACCCACGUUGAAGAACUGCGACAUUUCAGAAGACGAGUCCGUAGAAGUCUGCAUAGUCGACUUUGAGUACAUCGGCGUGUUCCCGGCGGCCUUCCAGACCUACAGCUCCUUCAACACCGGCGAAGGCUUUGCCGCCAGCGUCGGCAGGAGACUUGGCUAUCAGCCAUCGAGCAUUGCGAACAAGAUGGUACAGGUCUCGAGUGUACUUCAGCAGUGUGGCGGUAAUGCAAGUCUAGAAGUCGCACAUCGCCAGGGAAGCCCCUGGAAACUCGUUUGGCUCAGUAGCUGGUAG